GUGGGCCACCUUUUAGGGGGUGAAGCCUUGUGCUAGGCACGCUCUGCCCACAUCCCUAAUCCUCCAAAACACCUUGAAGUAGGUAUUAAAAUCCUUAUGUUACAAAUAGACUGAAGCUAAGAGAGAGGAAGUGACUCGCCCAGGGUCACAUUCAGAAUCAGCUCCACAGGGUCGAGAAGCCCUUUGCCACCUCUGCUCUUCCUGACAGCGGGACCAUAGGCGUGGGAGCCAGACUGGAAGACGGAGGCCGGCCACGGGGAGCCACGGGGACGGUGCGGGGUGGUUGUGGGCAGUUCCUGCGUGGCCUGGGCGCUGAGCUGCAGCAGGACCCGCCCAAACAGAGGUGGGGCAGGGCCACCAGCCCUUUGCCCCAGGGCCAGAGGGAGGUCUGGAAGGCACCACAGCAGGAGGUGUCUCAGCUGAUUGGCACCUUCUCCCUGCCCCCAAUCUCCCUCCUGCUCCAGGUGACCUUUUCCCCAGAUCCCAGGAUCCAGGCACAGCCCUGCUGGGAGGUGUGGACAACCCGGACAGCUGGGGUUGGUCUGAGCCAGCAGGGGCGUGUCCCAGGCUCCGCCAGCCCUAGUGGCUCAGCAGAGCUGGGGGACUCCCGAGACAGACCCGGGGCCACCGGACGAUCCGCCUGGGACCUCCGCCCUCCAGAUAUGGCCCCAGGCCCCCUAGAUCCCCAGCCCCUGUGACUGUGCAGGCGUGCAGGCAGCCUGAGCGCCACCACCCCAGGACUGUGCCCAUGUCCCUGACCCAGGCACAGCCGGCCUCGGGAAGAGAGGCCAGGGAGACGGUCACCCCAGCUGUGGACCUGGUGCUGGGCGCCUCGGCCUGUUGCCUGGCCUGCGUCUUCACCAACCCCCUAGAGGUGGUGAAGACGAGGCUGCAGCUGCAGGGGGAGCUGCAGGCCCACGGCACGUACCCACGGCCCUACAGGGGCUUUGUGACCUCGGUGGUGGCUGUGGUCCGCGCCGAUGGGCUGUGUGGCCUGCAGAAGGGGCUGGCCGCCGGCCUCCUCUACCAGGGCCUCAUGAACGGCGUCCGCUUCUACUGCUACAGCCUGGCAUGCCAGGCUGGCCUCACCCAGUGGCCUGGUGGCACCGUGGUCGCGGGCGCCGUGGCUGGGGCACUGGGAGCCUUCGUGGGGAGCCCUGCUUACUUGAUCAAAACGCAGCUGCAGGCCCAGACCGUGGCCGCGAUGGCCGUGGGCCACCAACAUCAUCACCAGAGUGUUCUGGGUGCCUUGGAGACCAUCUGGCGGCAGCAGGGCCUGGCAGGGCUGUGGCGGGGUGUGGGGGGAGCUGUGCCCAGAGUCAUGGUCGGCUCAGCUGCCCAGCUGGCCACCUUUGCCUCUGCCAAGGCCUGGGUGCAGGAGCAACAGUGGCUCCCGGAAGACAGCUGGCUGGUAGCCUUGGCUGGAGGCAUGAUCAGCAGCGUCGCUGUGGCUGCAGUCAUGACCCCCUUCGACGUGGUCAGCACACGGCUCUACAAUCAGCCCGUGGACGGAACCGGCAGGGGCCAGCUGUACAGUGGCCUUGCCGACUGCCUGGUGAAGAUCUGGCGGCAGGAGGGCCCCCUGGCGCUCUACAAGGGUCUGGGCCCGGCCUACUUGCGCCUGGGCCCCCACACCAUCCUCAGCAUGCUCUUCUGGGACGAGCUCCGGAAACUGGCUGCGCGGGGCCAGCACCAGGGCACCUAGGCCGCAUCCCUCAUGUCCCUGUCCUGACACAGCCCGGAGCCUGGCAGGAAGCCACGGCCCACGCCAGCUGGGAAUGGCCGUCUCAGAGCAGGCCACGGGUCCAAGGCCAGUGUGGACAGCUCUGGUCAACCCAGACCCAUGGCCCACCCAGGGCCGGGGCAUCUGCUCUGGCUCACCAGCCACUCUGUUCUCCAGCAAGUUCUCUUCCUUGUCUGUACUGGGCUAGCUUAUCCCAGAGCCUUACCCAUUAUCAUAAUAACUGCUCCAGGGCAUGGCCACCACCACGAGUGGGUCACCCACAUGCAUCAGCUUGCUUAGUCCUCUGAGACCGUGAAAUCCUCUUCUACCCGAGGCUCAGCAAAGUGAAGCGCUUUGACCAAAGCCACACUGCUUGGAAGUGGCAGAACCAGGACUGGAACUUAGCUCUGCCCAGGCCGGACUGGUGCCCCUGGCAAGAGCCAGGACCGUGGGGGCCAGAGCGCCCCCGAGGGUCACCGAACAGGUGGGGAGGCCCUAGGAUGCACCGGGAGGCCAUCGUGUCACAUCUGUGCUAGCGAGCUCGGGCUGCCAUGAGAAGCGCCCCAGACCAGGAGGCUCACACAACAGCCGCUGUCUCACAGCCUAGAGGCCGCAAGUCCAAGGUCGAGGGGUCAGCGGGGUUGGCUUCUCCUGUCCUCUUCUCCCUGGGUCCUCACGGGGUCUUCCUGCUGUGCCCGUCCAUGUCCUAAUAGGACAGCAGUCACGUUGGGUUAGCACCCACCCUAAUAUCCUCAUCUUAACCUAAUCACCUCUUCUGAGACCUCACCUCCAAGUACAGUCACACCCUGGGGGUUAGAACAUCCGAAUGUGGGCGGGGUGGGGGGGUAGGUGGGGGGACAUCAUUCGGCCUGUAACAUCAGCUGCUCCUGCGGGCCCCCUAGACGCCCGGCGCUGCGGGCACUUGCACAGAUCCUCAGGCCAGUUCUGAAAGGAGCCCUUGCUGUGCCCAUUCUUCAGAUGAGGAGGCUGAGGCCCGGGGCCGGGAAGCGACCCGCCUACGGUCAGUGGCAGAGCCCGGUGUCCUCAACCCGGGUCCUUUCCCCCAGCUGCAGCCACACUCCCCCCAGGGAGCAUGUUGUGAGGCCCAGGCCGCCGACCUUGGGCUUCGGGACACCGAGUCCCUGGAGGGGAUGGGGCGGGCCCGGGGUCAGCAGCCCGCCCACCGCUGUUCCAAGGGGCGCCCCUGCACACACUCCAAACCAAUAAAGUUUUCUAUUUUGUUCA